AGUUACUUUACUUCUCAUUUUUCAUUUUAUAAGUCUCUUGUUGUUCUUCUCAUUGGUGCAAUGGCUGAGAAUGGAGCUUCUUCUGAUGCUCAUUCAAGCAGCACUAGUUCCACUCAUUCAAGCACCACUAGCAGCAAUAUGGACUAUGCCACCACUGAAUCACGACACAGACAGGUUUUCUUGCGGAUGAUGUCACAACAAGCAUUUAUGUUUCGACUUGCAAGACUCGCCUACAUCACUAGCAGCAAUAUGGACUAUACCACCACUGAAUCACGUCGCAGACAGGUUUAUCUCCAAAGGAUGUCACAAUAUGCAUUUGUUUUUCAACUUGCUAGAGAAGGCUGGCUUGAGUCGAUGCAAAGAGAGGUGAGUCAAAUUAGGCAGCAACAGCGUCGUGCAGAAAGAGUGCUAGGAGACGGUGCAAAUGCAAGUGCCGCCAUUGGGGCGACCUCAGCAACCCAAGGAGAAUCCCAUAACGAUGCAGAGAAAAGAGAAUAA